AUGCAGUGGCGAAAACACGUGCGCAUCAAGUACGGUGGUCGAGUUGGUGUCGGUCAAGGACAAACCGAGCAGGGCCAGCUGCAGGUGCGCGUUGUGCAGCUGCACGGGGAAAGGGGUGGCCGGCUGAGCUACGUCUGUCAUCAACCUCAGCCUCGCACCGACAGCCCGACAAUCAUGCUCUGCUGUGGCCGAAGAAAAGAGGGUCGGGGAGAAGUAACAGACAUAAGUGCAAGUCCUGGACGUCAAGCACCUGCCAACCAAUUACGCCCCAAGGAGCCACCUCCCAUGGUCAUCCAAGGGGAUUUCAGAAAGGUAAGCGGGAUAAGUACAGAGAUCUUCAAGCAGAUCGAGACAGUAGAGAACGACCAUGACGCCUCGACAGCCGCUGCCCUCGAGGCCGUUGAGAGACGUGGUGAAAUGGUGGUGCGUGUUAUUGAGCCCCGACAAAUGGGUAGACAGGCAGUGGAGGCUGCCAAGAAGUUCAUGACGUUACAGGAUUCUAAGCAUCCAGUUCACUUUGUCGAGAUAAUAAAGCGGCCCGGUCAGACACUGGGUCUAUACAUUCGAGAAGGAAAUGGCGUUGAUCGCAAUGACGGCGUAUUCAUAUCAAGAAUAGCACUGGAAUCUGCUGUAUACAGCAGCGGUUGUCUGAAGGUGGGGGAUGAGAUUUUAGCAGUAAAUCUUGUUGACGUGACGCACAUGAGUUUAGACGAUGUUGUCAUUAUCAUGUCAAUACCGAGGCGAUUAGUUUUGGCUACACGACAUGGCUCCCAUCAGCCGGUUUCACACAGUCGGCAGACUGAGCACAAGGCACCACCAGUUGUCGUUAUUAAACGGGAACUUAAUGAGGAUGAGAGUGAUCACGCAACGGGUAAUCAUAUAAGGGACAGUAAUAGACGGAGAGGUGAUGGCAGAGAAAUGCUGCCAUCUCGGUCACGACUAGGUCUUACCGGUUUGGGCUCGAGCCAAGAUCUGGGCUCAAGUAAUGGUGAUCUCUACUACAACUCAAGACCGGAAGUCGGGUGGUCUUACCAGCCUCCACCUCCACCCGUCAUCACUAAUCAGCCAAAACCCUCGUCUACCCAACACUUUCAACCUUACGAACGUGGCUAUCCAAAGACAUUGGAGAGUUUGGCUGAGAAAGAUUUCACAAAGGUUCACUCAUUCUACACGGGUCCAGUGAUGCCGACAAAUGGUAGCCGAAGGAUGUCGGCAGGUACUGGAAUGCAGUCAGUAGGACCACGUCUCACAGGUCAAUCGCAAGGCUACGGCUAUUCCCAGCACACAUCGAGUGGAAGAAUUAUACCAAGAAGUGGAUCAGAUCAGCAUUUACCAAGAGUAGAUUAUACGAGCAUCACAACCCCUGCGCGCCACACACUUCUGAGAUCGAGUUUAAAAACAGGUUCUUCAGCUUUGAGGUACAGUGGCAGAUAUGGCGCACAGACAGACGGUACAUCAACAGCUCAGAGAGGUCAAAGUCAAUUUGGCACCCUCACAAGGCGGCAUCGUCCAUCGCUUGACUAUGCGUCGGACACCGAAGCAACAUGUUCAAGCUCACCAAGGUCGGCUUACUACUACUACCGACAGAAUAUGAGAGAUCCGCCACCGAGUAGUGCAGUAUCGCAUCUAGCCACCCUCUCACGAACGCAGAUUGGUCAGAGUUCAGCUGGUCUCAGAACAAAUUCACUUCCGAGAAGUGGUAGGGCAUUGCCGCAGCAGCCCAGUCUUAGGGCAGGUCUUAUUACUGUCGCUUCUGGGCUUAUUGAUCAGGAGGACAGCGAUGGCGCAUUAUCGGCACCCGAAUUGCCUUCUAUAAGAAGGGACAGAGGGAGAAUACCUUCCUCACCGAGUGUAUUCACUUCUGACGAGUAUCGGGCGUGGUUGAGUCGUACCCCCAGCACCAGUGCGCUUUACGAGCAAAUUAGAGCGACAACUAACAGGCCACCGAGAUACACGUACAGCGCAGAAAAUAUUCAUGCAGCUGUCAAUCAAGCGGAUUAUGGGAGUUAUGGUGGGUACCGACCACUGUCAAGUACUCUCGAUCGUCUAUCAACGAGAUCAGCAUCAGCACAACAGGUUAAUCUUGCUAAUUUGCGUGCUUCCACGGCAAUAAGCUCAACGGGUCAUCGGCCAGUUCCUGGACCGAGGCCAGCAUCAGUUGCUUCCAGUGCUAGAUCAGCAUUAGCUAGUCAAAAAUCAUCACUAAGCGCUGCAGCUAGUCAGCGCGCUAGUUCAGUGAGGAGAAUCAGAAAUUUAUUAGAGUUGGAGCAGACUAGAAAUAUACCCACACCAACGCCAACGAGAACUCAGGAUCAAAGACUGCUAGAUAUUAAUCCUGCAGAGUUCCUCAAAUAUAAGAUAGAGAAGCCACCAACUGUCGGGACACCAAGCUCAUCGAGUUCCUUAUUGAGUUCUCUCGGUGAAACUGCUGGUAGUGAUUUUUCAAAUGGCGUCAGCGGUUUACUCUGGGUCCAUUUGCUCGCUGGCCGUGGAUUACGUUCUACCACAUCAUCCUCAGCGGCCACAACGCCCUCCACACCAUCUGGUCAGCCUAGUUUGGGUAGUUGCGGUCUAAGAGAUUUAUAUUGCGUACUCGAGUGUGACCGAGUCCACAAAGCACGAACAGUGGUGCGUACUGGUGAUCUAAUGUUCGAUUGGGAUGAGACAUUUGAACUUGAUUUAGUGGGGAAUCGGCAACUCGAUUUACUUGUUUACUCUUGGGAUCCACAACACCGACACAAACUAUGCUACAAAGGUUCUGUCCACCUUGCAACGCUUCUUAAAGAGUCCCCAGUUCAUCAAUUGGCGCUCAAAGUCGAACCACGGGGUACCAUUUACCUCAGACUCAGAUAUACUGAUGCCCACCAGACGUUCAAACGACGUGGAUUGCCCGUUAUUUCUUUAGCCACAAGAGUCGCACCACUUUUUGGUGUUGACCUCGAUACAGUGGUAAGUCGAGAAAACAAGACUGGUGGAGUUCCUGGGGGAGUUUCUACAGCACUGGCGAUGGCUGGAGCUCAGAAUGUUCCAAUAAUUGUAUGGAGAUGUGUAGAGGAAGUGGAAAGAAGAGGCUUGGACAUAAUUGGCUUAUAUAGACUCUGCGGAUCAGCAACGAAAAAAAGAAUCCUCCGGGAAGCGUUCGAACGCAAUGCAAGAUCGGUCGACCUAUCACCUGAUAAUGUCCCAGAUAUUAAUGUCAUAACUGGGGUACUGAAGGAUUAUUUAAGAGAAUUGCCAGAACCGCUUUUCACCAAGUGCCUCUACCAAAUGAUGGUCGACGCCUUGGCAGUUUGUUUGCCGGACGAUCCUCAGGGAAAUGCUAAACUUAUGUUUAGUAUUCUUGAUUGCCUGCCUAAAGUUAAUAGGUGUACACUCAUCUACCUAUUAGAUCACCUCGCUUUGGUCAUCUCUCAAUGCAAUAAAAUGUCACCAGCAAACUUGGCAGUUUGUUUUGGUCCAGUUCUAAUGCUGCAUGCCGAAGAUGCGAGUCCUCCUCUCGACUUCCAACAGCCAAUAGCAGUCCUCAAAUAUCUACUAGAAAUAUGGCCAGUUAAGUCAGUUCGGAAGAUUUCUUCAAUCGGUUCAACAAUUACUCGAGUUUCGCAAGUAGGACUGGCCAAUCAUCAGCUCCAGCAGUCUCAUCAAUCCUCCCCUCAGUCAUCUCAUCAAUUGCCCCCUCAUCAGCCCACAUUGCCGCGAGCCGGACUGCUCUGGCAGCAGCAACCCUCACUUCAUCAUCAACCCCCCACGUCAACCACAACAGGAGACACCAACCCAUUCGGUAUUACCAUUCGUCCACCGCCGCCGGUCAAGCCACGUCAGGUGAUAGUAUCAUCCCCAGGUUCACCUAGCAGCGAGGAGUCUGCUUCACCUGAGCCUAUAAAUAAGGCUAAUCGUAAUGGUAUUAGUUUUGAAAAUGGUGGGGAAGUCACAACCCUAUCAGUGACAAUACCAAUAACAACAUCAACAACGGUAACUCCUACGACAAUGGAGCAGAUAACUCCAACAAGCAGUAUUGAUACUGAGGAAGGUAAUAUGAGACAGCUUGACGAGGGUGAAAGAGGGAUGGAAGCUGAUGUCGAAGCCAGUGAUGAUGACCUCAUUUCGAAAAGGAAUAAAUCAUAAUGCCGCGACAAGUUCUCAUCAAAAGAGAACAUAAAAGAGAAAGAUAUGUAUUAACAAAGAAAUCCGGGCAAUCUAUAACCAAUAUUGAUAUUUAAUAUAUUUACCAGUAAUCAUUAUGAAUUACCAUAAUCAUUAAUAAUAGCUGUGAAAAUCGCAAAGAAGUGGUCAUCAAUACAGAUUAAAGUCAUAUCAAUGGACCCCGAAAUAAAUAUACUCUUUUCGAAUGAUUACUCAAAUCUUAAAUCACUGAUUAAA